ACUGCUGUACUGCAGUGUAUAGCUGGGGGAAGCCCAGCUCCACGUUUGAAUUGGACUAAAGAUGAUGGUCCCCUGGUGGUCACUGAGCGACAUUUCUUUGCUGCUGCAAAUCAACUGCUCAUCAUUGUAGAUACAGGACCUGAAGAUGCAGGGAAAUACACAUGUAGCAUGUCCAAUACGCUUGGAACUGAAAGAGGUCACAUUAACCUUUACGUACUGUCAUCCCCCAAUUGCGACUCUUCCCAAAAUGUCAUAGGCUAUGAAGAAGAUGGCUGGACUACUGUGGGCAUUGUUAUAAUUGUCGUUGUCUGCUGUGUGGUGGGAACAUCGUUGGUCUGGGUUAUUGUCAUAUACCAUAUGCGGAGGAAAAACGAAGAUUACAGCAUAACCAGCACCGAGGACAUGAAUUUACCGGCUGAUAUUCCAAGCUACCUUUCUUCCCAGGGAACACUGUCAGAGCCGCCAGAAGGAUACAGUAAUUCUGAAGCUGGCAGUCACCAGCAGCUCAUGCCUACUGCUAGCGGCUGUGUUCACAAAGGAACUGAUGGAUUAUAUGUAGAUACUGGAAGUGAAGCAGAUGCAGAAAUCCUGAAUACUCCAUUUGCACCAAAUAUGCAG